AUGUACAAGCCUGCCAGAAAAUUUUUGGUUGCCAGGCCAGCGACCACGCCCAGCCAGCGAGUCAUCAUACUGCAAGUUGUUGGCCUGCUGGCUUUCCCCUCCCCUUUCUCUUUUCCCUUGCCCUCUUUUUCUGCCCCUCACCAAACACGUCUACAUAACAUAACGCCUGGACACCACCACAACGACGCCAACUUUCCCUCUUUCCUCUCUCUCUCUUCCUCAUCCAUCAGACAAAAGAAUUCAUCACGACUUAUCGCUAGCGUCUUCUCAAAGACAACCUUUACUCUAACUUCACGCGACACUUAA